GAUAACGGCCCAAAAUAAUGAUUAUCCCGUCUAUCUUACAUCCACUAUAAUGGACGUGGACGAAAUUGGCCUUGAGAACUCGUUACUGUCCACUCCAAUAACCACUGGCAGUUCGACUCCCCAUAAUCAUGUUAGCGUAUCGAAUGUUAGUGUAGCAAGGAGCUUUACUCCUUCUGAGGAAUCUCAAGGGACUUCUCCGUUUUUUGACAAUGCUGAAGAAUUCGGGCAACAGACUUUCUCGGCGGCAGAAGCAUUGAAAGCGAAGUUAUCUUUGUUAAUUUUUCCAAGAAAGCCUAAAAUGAGUUUUAUUCUAUCACUUUUCAUUAAAUCAAUUUCCCUACAAAAUAGAACUGGUUUGGAUGAUUUUACUUUCAAACGUAAAAAUUCUUCUCGAAUUACAAGUAGUCGAAUUUUCUCCCGUCCGGAAUCUCCGUUGAAAAAAAAAUAUAUUUCGGAGGCUGGUUAUACUUCUACAAGUUUAAGAAAACAUAAUGAUGAUGAGUUUGACUCAGAUAUUGCGGAUUGGUCAAUGGAGGGUACAGGAAGAAGAGUUGCAUAUGAUGAUUUUACUACAAUAGAUUGGAUCCAUGAUUUUGCUAAAGAACGUGCGCGUCAAAAAAAAUUACGUCAACAGAAAGGUAUAGCUGGUCAAUUGAGGCGUAUUUUUGACGCAAUGGAGGGAUGGAUCGUUGUCUUAGCUGUUGGUGUGAUAUCCGGUAUUCUUGCUGCUGUUAUUGAUAUAACGACGGAAUGGCUUAGUGAUAUAAGGGAAGGAUAUUGUAAAACUGGAUUUUAUUUAAAUAGAAAAAAUUGUUGUUGGGGUUAUGACAAUCGUGAUUCAUGCGUAGAAUGGGUUAGAUGGACUACAGCACUUCAGGCAAAAUCCGCUGGUGCUGCAUUUUGGACAAAUUAUCUAUUUUAUAUAAUAUUUUCUACCACUUUCGCUACAGUAGCGGCCUAUCUUGUAAAAUGUUAUUCUUCUUAUUCCUCUGGUAGUGGUAUACCUGAAAUUAAGACUAUCCUUGGUGGUUUUGUUAUCAGGAAAUUUUUGGGUUGGUGGUCUCUAAUUAUAAAGAGUAUAGGCGUGUGCCUUGUUGCUGCUUCAAGCCUAUGUUUAGGUAAAGAAGGUCCAUUAAUUCAUUUAGCUUGUUGUUGUGGAAAUAUCAUCCCUCGAAUAUUUCCCAAAUUCAGAUAUAAUGAAGUAGCUUUUGGUGCUCCAAUUGGUGGUGUUCUAUUCAGCUUAGAGGAAGUAUCAUAUUAUUUCCCAUUCAGAACUAUGUGGCGAAGUUUUUUUUGUGCUAUGGUCGCAGCAGUAUCUCUAGCAGUUGUUUACGACAGAAAAUGGCAUGGAUUUGACAUGUUCUUCUUCGCGUUAUUGGGUAUAAUGGGUGGCCUUUAUGGCGCUUUGUUCAUUCGUAUGAAUCUAAAAGUUGCUGUUUUCCGUAAGAACUCGUGGUUACGUUAUUUUAGUGUACAGGAAGUUAUUAUUAUUUCCCUUUUUACUUCUAUCGUGAGUUAUUUAAACAUUUACAUGAGGGUCAAUCCAUCAGAACUAGUUGCGAAUCUCUUCCGUGAAUGUGAAGGAGGAGACUAUCAUAAUUUAUGCAAUUAUACCAAUUACUGGGAACCAACUUUGUUACUUUUAAUUGCAUCAAUUUUGAAAUUCUUUCUUACAACGGUAACAUUUGGUCUAAAAGUUCCGGCUGGUGUGUGGUUACCAUCGAUGGCAAUAGGUGCCUGUUUUGGCAGAGCAGUUGGGUUGAUUGUUCAUGCUUGGCACAAAUAUGAUCCUGGAUUUUGGCUUUUUGCUUCAUGUGACCCUGAUACCGAAUGCAUUACACCAGGAAUGUAUGCCAUGGUUGGCGCAGCUGCUACUUUUGGAGGAGUUACACGCAUGACAGUAUCUCUUGUUGUUAUUAUGUUUGAACUGACUGGUGCAUUAACUUAUGUUCUGCCUAUUAUGAUUGCUGUAAUGAUAAGUAAAUGGGUUGGCGACGCGUUUGAUAAGGAGGGUAUUUAUGAUGGAUGGAUACGUAUGAACGAAUAUCCGUUUCUGGAUAGCAAAGAAGAUUAUGUAUAUAAUACAUUAGCUUCUCAAUACAUGACUCGAGUAGAAGACCUGAUGGUAAUAACGGCUACAGGGCAUACUUUGGAAAGCUUGGAUGAAUUGCUUAAUGAUACAGAUUACAAAGGUUUUCCUGUAGUCAACAAUGAGAAGACUAUGCUACUUACUGGAUAUAUAUCGCGUUCGGAGCUUCGAUAUGCAAUGGAUAAAGCAAAAAAAAAACCGGGAAUUUCAUUACUAAGUCCCUGCUAUUUCUCCAGCAAUCUUCCAAUCCUUGAUUCAACUUCUUUCAUCGAUUUUAAACCAUGGAUGGACCAGACACCAAUUACUAUAUCCCCCAAGUUUCCAAUGGAAAUGACAAUAGAAUUGUUUAGAAAAAUGGGUCUUCGCUAUAUUUUAGUUACCCAACACGGACAGCUUCUUGGUUUAAUCACUAAGAAGGAUGUUCUACGUCAUCUCUCUGCUAUUCGUCACCCAGAUGUUGUGAACCCUGAGGAUUCUCAAGAACAACUUAAAUAUACAAUAUUAUCAGAACGUAGAUUGUCUGGUCUUACUAAUGACUUUGAAACAGUUUAA